AUGCCAGUACUAGUCUGUCAGAGUGAGCUGGCUAUCCAUGUCCCUCCCGACUCGCAAGAUCGGCAUCGAUUCGGUCCCCAUCCCGGGCUGGGGACGAUGGGCAUGUCCUUCUCCUACGCGACGGCGCAUAAUGAGCAGAACAACUUGGCGGUGCUUAGGGCUGCCUGGGAAAAAGGCUGCCGACUGUGGGAUACGGCGGAUAUGUAUGGCGACCACUUUAUGGGCGAAAACGAGCAGCUCCUCUCAAAAGCCUUCCACUCCGGAAUCCCACGAAAGGACAUUUUCCUCUGCUCCAAAUUUGGAAACUGGAGGAACUACGAGACGGGCGAGAGGAAAGUUCUCGGCACCCCCGAGUACGUAAAGUCCGCGAUAGAGAAGACGCUCAAGAACCUUGAUGUUGAGUACGUGGACUUGUAUUACCAGCAUAGGGUGGACAAGAACACCCCUAUUGAGGAUACCGUCCAAGCGCUGAAGGAGCUCCAGUCGGCAGGGAAGAUCCGGUACAUUGGCCUCUCCGAAUGUUCGGCUUCGACGCUCCGACGCGCGUAUGCCGUCGCGCCCAUCGCGGCCGUGCAAGUCGAGUACUCUUUGUGGGAAACGUCGAUCGAGCGCUCGGGGUUGCUGGAUGCGUGUAAAGAGCUGGGAGUUGCUCGGGUCGCGAGCAGGAAGGACUUGGAGGGUGAUAGUAGACUUGGGCAUCCGAGGUUUUCGGAGGAGAACUUUCCCAAGAACCUCAAGUUGGUGGACGAGCUCAACAACCUUGCGAAGAAGAAAGAAUGCACGGCUUCGCAGCUCGCGAUCGCUUGGGUACAUGCUCAGUGGGAAGGGGUUAUCGCUAUCCCCGGAACGACGCGCCUGGCCGGGUUAGAGGAGAAUAUCGCUAGUAACGACGUGAAGUUCACGGAGGCGGAACUAAAAGAGAUUAGGACCAUUCUGGAUAGUUUCAAGACUGCGGGGGAUAGAUACCCCGCUCCGCAGAUGGCGGCGCUUGACCAUUAAGUUACAUGAUGGUGAUUGAUUGAGCUGGAAAGAAUGGACUGUGCGAGGGAAUACCGAGAUGAGGUGGUACGAUGUGGCGUGAGGGAUUAAGAAGGAAGGGGAAAUAGAAUGGUAUCAGUGGUGUGAAG